AUGGUUUGGACGGCAGUUGCUUCUUCGUACUCUUAUAAAACUGGCUUGAUUGGUGUCAUUCGCUGGUUGGGUUGCUGUGAUCGAAAUGGCAUUGGGCAGCGUGGUGCAUUACCUUGCGUUAUGGCUCCAAAAUUGCCGCCAGCAGAACAGCGGGAAACAGUGUUCGUGAAAACGAAUAUUUAUCCACUGGAAGUUGAAAAUCGAAUUGUGUAUCGCUACGAUGUGCGCAUAUAUGUAAGCCGUGCUGGUACAUCGAAGGAAAGGCCGGUCGAUUUAUGCAAGGGCGAAAGAGAUGAGUAUGUUUUAUGGCGAUUUUCACUCCUUUCUGCUGCAACACAAAAUAAAGCAACCAGACACGAAAUAAAUCCUCUGGCUUAG